AUGUCGACUAUCCAGCAGCGAAAGAAUGAGAUUCUGGCCAAAAGGGCUAGGCUGAAUGAGUUAAAAAAACAGCGCGAACUUCGUCAGAAGGAGUUUACCAGCAAUCGGAACAGUGUCGGGGAUGCUUCAGAGAUUGCUUCCCCAGUUCCCAGUCACUCUGGCAGUAGAGCUGAGCUUGAAGAGCUAAUUACGCGUCUGGUAGAUCGCCCCGGAUCUGCUACGAUCAGCUAUGGAGCUGAGGGCCAGUCUGUAAAGGGCAGCCGCCCAGCUUCAGUCUUGAGUGCCAGUCAAUUGAGUGGGGAGAAUGCCGAUACCAAUACCCCUUCAUCGUUGCGACCGCAGUUGCAUUCUAUUGCCGUACAGACUACGCAGACUGUUGGAGCAGAGACCUACAGCGCCUCCGCAUCCGACGCCCCGCACCCCCCUGAACCAAGACCAGAGGUUGUCACAUACAGCAAAGCCGUUCAGACAGAUGACUUGGGUAUGCAAACAGAGUCCCAGGAUGGCUCUGUUGCGUCGGACAAUGAAGACCUGGCUGAUACAACAAGAUCGAGCAAGCGGCUGAGUCGCCGGGACCGAGAGCGGGAUGAUGAGAUUAGGCAGAGGAUUCGCCAGGAGAUUGAGGAGGAACUGCAAGCAGCCCAGCAGGACACAAAUGGGGCUUCUGCUACGCAAUCUUCACAGCUCCGGUAUCCGUUACGAUCCCUUGAUGACGACGAGUUGAAGGCUGUGACAUCGUCGGAAGAUUUCCUAGACUUUGUUGAGCGAUCGUCAAAGGUUAUCGAGAGAGCUUUAGACGAAGACUACGACGUUCUUGCAGACUACGAGCUGGGUGGCGUGGAUGGAGACUUGGAGGAAGACCAGGAGACUGGCAAGAAACGGAGGGGCAUCCGGGAGGUCUGCCAAUUCUGGGAUGAACGUUGGAGCAAGAAGCGUAUGGUCACAGACAUAAGCUUCUCCCAAAAGUUCCCUGAAUUGGUUCUUGCAUCUUACACGAAAAACCCAUCUGCUCCUCAUGAACCGGACGGACUCGUUCAGGUCUGGAACCAACACCUACAGUCCCGCCCCGAAUAUGUUUUCCACUCGACUUCCGACAUUCUUACAGCAAAAUUCUCCCCUUUCCACCCGAACCUCAUUGUUGGUGGUUCAUAUUCGGGCCAAGUUCUCCUUUGGGACACUCGUUCCUCGCGCAUGGGCGGAGGAGCGCCCGUGCAGAAGACGCCAUUAACUGGAUCUGGACAUACUCAUCCUGUUUACAGCAUCUCAAUCGUGGGCACUCAGAACGCACAUAACAUUUUGACAGCCUCCACCGAUGGAGUAGUCUGUGGCUGGACAGUGGACAUGCUCUCUCAGCCCCAGGAAUAUCUCGAGUUGACAACACCUCCCCCGUCCAAGACGGAAGAUCUCGCACCCACCACCAUGUCUUUCCCCCAAUCUGACCCAACUUUCUUUAUUGUGGGUACUGAAGAAGGUGGCAUCUACCCUUGCCAUCGAUACGACCGAGCUGGAGCCAAGGCUGGUACCGAUCACCGCCUCGCCUACCGCGGCCACGCAGCACCAAUCAUGUCUACUGCAUUCCACCCUGGACGGGGACCUGUUGACUUGGGUGACCUCAUGCUCAGCUCUAGUCUGGACUGGAGCGUCAAGCUUUGGCGCGUGCGGCCGCCAGCUACUACUGCGUCUGUCACUUCUACUGUGGCUUCCGCGCAGGUAGUGUCCCCCAUUCUGGAUAUUACCCGGGAAGAUGUGGUCUACGAUGCGCGCUGGUCUCCUCACCGACCAGGUGUAUUCUCCCUCGUAGACGGUGCCGGUAACCUGGAAGUGUGGGAUCUUUAUGCAGACACCGAGGUUCCAGUGGUUAAAACCACUCCCUCGCGUGGCCCUGGCGCGGUUAUGUCUCGCAGUUUGAACAAGGUUGCCUGGGAGGAACGAGAAGGCCGACGCCUGGCGACUGGUGGUGUCAACGGAGUUGUGACUGUCUUUGAGGUUGGAAAGGGCCUUGGUGGGCCCGCGGAAGAGGUUCCCGCUGAUGAAUGGACAGGCAUGAAACGGUUAGUAGGGAAGCUGGAACAGAAGGAUCGGGUGGCGUGA